CCCGGCUAUCGCUGGGACUCACGGCGCGGGCGCGGCUACCCAGGUUUCCGGCAGCGGCUUCAACACUCGCCGCAGCAGCAUCUACGCUCGCGGAGCCGCUGAUGCGCGUCCAGUGAUCCGAACAGCGAGGCCCGCGCCCGGCGGCUGCAGACUCCUGGCCACCGUGACCCCGAUUUUGGAUUUACCGCUCGGGGGGUGGGGGGAACCUGGAUUUAACUGGCGAUUGUUUUGGGGGACGUCCGACGCCAUGUUGUGGAAAAUAACCGAUAAUGUCAAGUAUGAAGAGGACUGCGAGGACCGUCACGACGCCAGCAGCAAUGGGAACCCACGCCUCCCCCACCUCUCCUCGGCGGGGCAGCACCUCUACAGCCCCGCGCCGCCGCUCUCGCACACUGGAGUCGCCGAAUACCAGCCACCCCCCUACUUCCCGCCUCCCUACCAGCAGCUGGCUUACUCGCAGUCCGCCGACCCCUACUCGCAUCUGGGAGAAGCGUACGCCGCUGCCAUCAACCCCCUGCACCAGCCGGCGCCCACCGUCGGCCAGCAGCAGGCCUGGCCGGGCCGCCAAGGCCAGGAGGGCGCCGGCCUGCCCGCACACCACGGGCGCCCGGCCGGCCUGCUACCCCACCUCUCCGGGCUGGAUGGUGGCUCCGUGAGCGCCCGCAGGGAUGCCUACCGUCGCUCCGACCUGCUUCUGCCCCACGCGCACGCUCUGGACGCCGCGGGCCUGGCCGAAAACCUGGGGCUCCACGAUAUGGCGCACCAGAUGGAGGAGGUGCAGAACGUCGACGACCAGCACUUGCUUCUGCACGAUCAGACUGUCAUUCGCAAAGGUCCCAUUUCAAUGACCAAGAAUCCAUUGAGUCUCCCUUGUCAGAAGGAGCUGGUGGGUGCCGUGAUGAACCCCAGCGAAGUGUUCUGCUCCGUCCCUGGAAGAUUGUCUCUCCUCAGCUCCACAUCUAAAUACAAAGUGACAGUUGCUGAAGUCCAGAGGCGACUGUCCCCGCCUGAAUGCUUAAAUGCUUCCUUACUGGGAGGUGUUCUCAGAAGAGCCAAAUCUAAAAAUGGAGGCCGGUCCUUGCGGGAGAAGUUGGACAAGAUUGGGUUGAAUCUUCCAGCCGGGAGACGGAAAGCUGCUCAUGUGACCCUCCUGACUUCCCUGGUAGAAGGUGAGGCUGUUCAUCUGGCGCGGGACUUUGCCUAUGUUUGUGAGGCAGAAUUUCCUAGUAAACCGGUGGCUGAAUAUUUAACCAGACCUCACCUGGGAGGACGGAAUGAGAUAGCAACUAGGAAGAACAUGCUGCUGGCUGCACAGCAAGUUUGUAAAGAAUUCACAGACCUUCUCAAUCAAGACCGAACCCCCAACGGGAACAACCGGCCCACCCCAGUCUUGGAGACGAACAUACAGAACUGCUUGUCCCAUUUCAGCCUGAUUACACACGGCUUCGGCAGCCAGGCCAUCUGUGCCGCCGUGUCCGCUGUGCAGAACUACAUAAAAGAAGCCCUGAUAGUCAUAGACAAAUCCUAUAUGAAUCCUGGAGACCAAAGUCCGGCUGAUUCUAGCAAAACCCUGGAGAAAAUGGAGAAGCACAGGAAAUAAAACCGGGGGCGGAUAAGGGCUGAAGAAGUCUUGAAGGAAAAGCUUCCAAAAUCGUUCUCAACCCAGACAGACAGGAAACCCCUCUUGUCUGAGGGACAGAGUUUGAUACCCACCUUCCCAUUAAAAAAGGCCUCAGUUAAUAUCCGGAUGUUUAUGUGCCCUUCUGGACUCCUUUAGUAUUAUUUCUCUAGCGCUGAAGUGUCUCCCUUAACUCUGGACCAAGUUAUCAGAAGGUGACAAGUACUGGUUCUUUAUUAAGCGUAUAUAUUUUUUUAAUCCCAUUCUUUGUUCUCUGAAAGUGGUGCUACAAGUUUUAGAAUAUUUUAAAUAAAUUCCCUGGGCUAACAAAAAACCCAAUACGUAGUUGUUGAAAUAUCAAAUUGAUGUGAUUCAGAUCAACAGUGUUAAGGCAGUGGCUGGCUUUUAUGUUCACUAAAUAUUUAAACUAUUUAUCUAGCUUCUUCAGAUACCAAAUCCUACGUAUGGUAGGAGGCAGAGAUUCUGCUUAGCAACUAGUUAAUAGGUGGUAUUUGACACCCUUUAAACCCCUUGUUCAAAGGGGGCCUUUGGGUUUUAUGAAACUUGUAGAAACAAAGCCUGCUGACGAUUUUAAGGUUUUUUUUCCUUCCUCUUUUUUUUUUUUUUUUAAAGAAAAACAAUGAGCGUUAACUCUUCAAAUGGGAGACUUUUUGAAAUGACACCUUCCUUUGAGGUACUGAAGCUUUAUAUGUAUAUUUAUUUCACAUCUUGGUUUUGAGUAAACUUGAAGAGGACAGGCAAUGGAGUGUUUUUUUGCUGCCUGUCAUCCCCAAGUCACCUAGGAGGCUCUGUUUUGAGAAACUGCGUUGAGUGUACAGAUUUUAUUUAUGCAUAAUUUAAUGGGGUCUGUAAAUAUGGGUGCGCUUCUUAAGACCUUUUGAGAAAUGGGAUUUGAUUUUAAUAAUAACUUUCAAAGGUGAUGGGGUAAUCUAAAACACAUCUUUAGGUUUUAUUUGUGUGUACACAGGGUAUUAAGAUUUAGGAGGUUGCUGGGCUCUGUUUCUGAUGUGGAUGAUUCUAUUUCACUGAAGCUCUGUUCACAAAGCAAUAACUUUGUGUCUCGUUCCUGUGGGGUGAAUCCAAAGCUGAGUGUGUGGUACGGUGUGUGUGAGUGAAACGGAGGUUUGGAAUUGAGCUCCAUGCCUGUAAACUGUUUGCAAACAAUGGUCGUGUAUAUGAUACCUGUAUAAUAAAACAUACUCUCCGUAGAA